AAUAAUCAAAUCUUUAUUAAUAAAUCUAAUAUUUAUGUAAUCAGACGUAGUUUUUAGAACAGUAUAGAAUUGGGAUGAUUACAGUGAUAAAUAUGCUAGAAGAAUCUAAAAAAAUACAUCUGUGUUUUGUAUGACACUUUUGAAUAUGUUACAUUAUGAAGAGGUUGAAAAGUAUAAGAAUGAAAUAUAAAUAAAAGUAUUUUGGAUGCAGGAUGUGGUGCUGGAUAUUUACAUUAACUUAUGAUCAAUUAAAAGAAAGUUGAAGCUCAUUUAUAUGGAUUUGAUUUGAGUUCAUAAAUGGUAAAGAGAGCUGGAGCAAGGAUGAAGAGAUUUUUAAAUUAAGAGAAAAUAGGUUCUUUAGAUUUAUUAACUUAAGAGGAAGUGGAUUUAGUUAAUUUUGGUUUAUAUAAAUAUUGAUUUAAUUAAUUUAGAUGAUGAAAUAUUUAAGAAAAUAAAUUAUCACUUAUCAGUAGGAAGUGUAGAAGACUUAAGCCAAUAUUAGAAUGAAAUGUUUGAUAUUUAUAUUUGCAAUCUUGUUUAUUAAAUAAUUGGAAAUUAAGAAAAAGCUAUGAUUGAAGCAUUUAGAGUGUUAAAACCAGGAGGUAAGUUAGGAAUUACUGUUUGGGGAAGAAGAGAAAAUUGUGUAGCUUUAUGGUUUUUAAAGGAAUUAGCUAUUAAAACAGGUUUAUUAAAAAUUCGAAUGUAAGGAGGAGGUAAAUUUUUACAAAAUUCAGAUGAGCUUAUUUAACUAGCUACUAAAACAGGAUUUAUAAAUUUAGGUUUCAUUCUUUAUAUUUUUUUAGUUUGUUGGUAACAAAUGGCUCCUUUUGAUAUUUUGAGUAUGAAUAAAAUUGAAGAUUUUUUCAAUCCUGAAAUUGAAGUAAUUUUAGCUGGUUCUACAUAAGAACAACAAGAUAUUUUUUAUAAAUCCUUAGAAAAAAUGAUAAAUGAUUAUAAAAAAGAAAACAAACCAUUUCCAUUUGAAUGUUAUUUUUUAAUAGCAGAGAAACCAAAAUGA